AUGGGUAAAAUAAGGCCGAAUUUUAGAAUGACACUACUAAUUUCUUCACUUGCAUUCACAUACAUCGCUCCAUUGUCCGAAAUUAUCCUCCCGGCUCACUUCACAUUUAAGGGGACUUAUGUUGUGCUUCUUCUACUCUCAAGUACUUUAUCGGCCAUCUAUCUAAUGCUUUCGAUACUUUACAGAGGCCAUGUUGAGAGCAACUCAGAAGCCAUUAACCUCAUAGACCACGAUGAAAUCAAGAGGUUCUGUAAGAAAUGCAGAAAUCAUAAGCCGGAAAGAGCUCAUCAUUGCUCCUCUUGUGGACAUUGCAUAAAGAAAAUGGACCACCACUGCUUUUGGAUCAAUAACUGUGUGAAUUAUGAUAACCAAGGUCAUUUUAUAAGGUUCUUGUUCUUUACAGCCUUAGCAAACUGGCUCAUAUUUCUCUACAUGUCUAUAGAAUUCAUUGCAGUUCUACUUUUCAACAAACCCCUUCGGCAUAGAAGGGAUUACUACAUUCUGGUGAUAUCUGGAAUAUCAUCCCUUGUGUUCCUUGUAAUGACAUCUUUUUUCUUCUAUCUGCAGUUGAGGCUUGCCUUGAUGAAUAUGACUUUCAUUGAAGAGAUGAAACAAGAGGACAUGAACAAAAUCCAAGGUUUAACCACCCUCCGGUCUCCUUAUGAUAGAGGCAUUAUAAACAACCUUAUAGAUACUUUGGGUCCUCCCUAUGCCCUUUUUCUCAUAGGCCCCUUUGGAGAUGGAAUGACAUUCGCCAAAAGGCACCCCAUCGAGCAUUGGAAGCUUCAAUAUGAUUACCAUUGCAUCGAAGAUCUUAUAGUGAUUUGA